ACAAGACUUCCACCAGGGUUUCCAACAGGGCCCUCACACACGAUCCUCUGUUCUCGUUCCACAGACACUGAGCUCUCAUACAAAUGGACACCGUAGAAACAGACCCUGCGAGCCUACAGCACGCUCUGACCCUCAGGGAUAAGCUGGACUCUCUCAUGAGAAGAACCGUUGCAACACAGACAAAAUGCGAACAGCUGGAGCACGAGAACAGGUAUCUACAGGAGUACGUCGGUAACGUGGUCAACAACGAACUCAUACAGAAGAAGUAGACCGGCUCUUUCCAUAGAAGCAGGCUUGGUUGGCUGGAGAAGGUUUGUAUACAUUUACAGGGUUUUUGUGCACUGGUUUGUUUACCUCCAUUUGUAAAUGUUACGAUACAAUGAUCCUUUGUGAAGUAUUCGACAAGGUGUAUACAGAGAGUAUGCGUAGUGGAGGACAGCUCUUGGUGGUUGACCAAAUGGCGGAGAACAUUGACGAGCAGUUGAGCUCUGAGGGGCCAUUCACGGGCACAGGGUUGAAGUUACGCUCAAGGGAGUUUGGCAACAUACCGUGCUUGACGUCCUGGGAUCCUAAUAGAGGGCCAAAGGCUAAAGCUAGUGCACCAUUCAAUGAUCCGGGUCCUUUGGUGAUUAAGACGUCACAGGCAUUGCUUUCUUCAGCCAAUGACAACGUUUAUACCAAUGGCGAGGAGGAAGAAUACGGGUUAAUGCUGCUUGUGGACCCUCCCUUGGAUUGUGUAACCUUACAAGGUUCGCUGACGAUAGAUGGCACACCACCAGUUUCUCUCUUGAAUCCAUUUCAACGGUUUGUGGAGGUUGAGCCUCCAAUGUACGGGUCCAGAUUGGCACCAGAUGAUGCUCCCUUAGAUCUCUCAAAGCUUCUGCAAGAAGCGACGAUGAACGUUGAGCUGUUUCCAUUCUUUAACAUGGAUGGUGAAUCUAGUCCAGAGGAACACAAAUUGAUGGAGAUAUGGAGGUAUGAACUUGGAGAAGAGGAAGAAGAAGUGCCAGAUCUCGAACAACAACACCAAGACGAUGAUUCAAUACUUGUGAAAGCCUGGCAAAAGGUAUUCCACAGGGGCGUUUAUUCACCAGAGAAUCAACAUAUACAAAAUGACCCAUGGUAUCGUAUAACACAGCAGAUCAAUUCGAGGGAGAACUCAGACUUGCACACACCAUUGACACCACCAGCUGGCUACCAACGCUUCCAAGUUGAAGAUGAAGAAAACCAUGUCAUUUCAUACUUCCCAACGUACUAAAUCUAGUACAAGCAGCAUUAAUAAUAGCUAGGUUAUAAGUCUCAUUUCGAUU